AUGCCUUUGCGUCUUGACGUCAAACGCAAAUUAUCAGUUCGAUCAGAUCGAGUCAAAUGUGUUGAUAUUCAUCCGAAUGAACCAUGGAUUUUAGUAACAUUAUUUAAUGGUCAAGCUCAUAUUUACAAUCAUGAAACUCAACAACUAAUUAAAACUUUCGAGAUAUGUAGCGUUCCUGUUCGUGCCGGUAAAUUUGUUGUUCGAAAAAACUGGGCAAUUACUGGAUCGGACGAUAUGUGUGUACGUAUUUAUAACUAUAAUACUCUCGAACGUUUACAUAAAUUCGAAGCACAUAGCGAUUAUAUACGUUCAAUAGCUGUUCAUCCGACUCAAUCAUAUAUACUGACUAGUAGUGACGAUACGACAAUUAAAUUAUGGGACUGGGAUGCUAAAUGGGCGUUAAAACAAACAUUUGAAGGACAUAUGCAUUAUGUCAUGCAUAUAGCUAUUAAUCCCAAAGAUAAUAAUACAUUUGCAUCAGCUUCUCUCGAUCGUACUGUUAAGGUAUGGCAAUUGGGAUCAAGUCAACCGAAUUUUACUCUUGAAGGACAUGAAAAAGGUGCCAAUUGUGUUGAUUAUUAUCCAGGUGGUGAUAAACCUUAUCUUGUUUCCGGUGGUGAUGAUUGCCGUAUAAAAAUAUGGGAUUAUCAAAAUAAAACAUGUGUACAGACAUUAGAAGGACAUGCACAAAAUAUUAGUACUGUUGUAUUUCAUCCUGAAUUACCAAUUAUACUGAGCGGAUCAGAGGAUGGUACUAUCAAACUGUGGCAUUCCAAUACAUAUCGUCUUGAGUCUACACUUAACUAUGGUCUUGAGCGAUGUUGGUCUAUAGCAUGUUUACAUGGAUCAAAUAAUGUUGCACUUGGUUACGAUGAAGGAACAAUGAUGAUCAAAUUGGGCCGAGAAGAACCAGCUAUGUCUAUGGAUGCUUCAAGUGGCAAAAUAGUAUGGGCUAAACAUUGUGAAAUUCAACAAGUUAACCUAAAACAAUUGAGCAGUGAACAACAGCUGCGCGAUGGUGAAAAAGUACCAUUAAAUGUUAAAGAAUUAGGUAGCUGUGAAAUAUAUCCACAAACAUUAUCUCAUUCACCAAAUGGAAGAUUUGUUGUUGUUUGUGGCGAUGGAGAAUAUAUAAUUUAUACAGCAAUGACAUUACGUAAUAAAAGCUAUGGAAAUGCUAUGGAAUUCGUUUGGUCAGAAGAUUCAUCGGAAUAUGCUAUACGGGAUGGAAAUUUGGUUAAAAUUUUUAAAAAUUUCAAAGAAAAAAAAACAUUUAAACCAGAAACUGGAGCUGAUGCUAUUUUUGGUGGUCAUCUUUUUGGUGUUAGAUCGAAUUCAGGUUUAACAUUUUAUGAUUGGGAAACAACAAGUUUAAUUCGUCGAAUUGAAAUUGCACCAAAAACUAUCUAUUGGAGUCAAACUGGUGAAUUAGCUUGUAUUGCAACAGAAGAAUCUUAUUAUAUUCUUCGCUAUAAUCCUCAAGCAAUAGUUGCUGCAUCUACCAAUAAAGAUCUUAUUUCUGAAGAUGGCAUUGAGGACGCAUUCGAUGCUCUAAGUGAAAUUUCUGAAGUUAUAAAAACAGGUAUAUGGGUAGGUGAUUGUUUUAUUUAUACGAAUUCUCUCAAUCGAAUAAAUUAUUAUGUCGGCGGCGAAAUAGUAACGGUUUCUCAUUUGGACAAAGUGAUGUAUUUAUUAGGUUAUAUGUCUAAUGAAAAUCGUUUAUAUUUGGGUGAUAAAGAUAUGUCCAUUGUAUCAUUUGAAUUGUCACUAUCAGUUCUUGAAUAUCAAACAGCUGUUAUGCGAAAGGAUUUCGCAACAGCUGAUCAAGUUCUUCCAGCAAUUACGAAAGAACAACGAACACGUGUGGCACAUUUUCUAGAAAAACAAGGUUUUCGACAGCAAGCGUUGACAGUUACAUUGGAUACUGAACAUAAAUUCGAAUUAGCUCUUCACUUAGGAAAUUUACAAGUUUGCCAUGAACUUGCUGUUGAAUUAGAUAAUGAACAAAAAUGGUUACAACUAUCUGAUGUUGCUACGAAACAAGGAGACUUUUCUUUAGUACAAGAAUGUCUAACACGUGCACAAUCAUUUGGUUCACUUAUUCUUUUGGCAAGUGCAUCCAGUGACCAACAAUUAAUGUCGACUAUUGGUGAACAAUCACGAAAAGCUGGACAAUUCAAUAUUGCGUUUCUGUCAAAUUUUGUUUUGGGAAAAUUAGAUCAAUGCUUAGAUAUUCUUAUUGAAAAUCAACGUUUACCAGAAGCAGCAUUUUUUUCUCGAACAUAUCUUCCAUCGCAAAUAAAUCGCGUCGUUGGAUUGUGGAGAGAAAAAUUAAAAGAACUGAACAUGGAACGUGCAGCACAAACAUUAGCGAAUCCAACAGAUUAUAAAAAUCUUUUCCCAGGUUUUAUUGAUACGAAUAAAACAGAACAGUUUUUAAAACAAAACAAAGAAACCACAUCAGCUAGAAAUUAUCCAGUACAGUUGCCGAAUUGGGAAAGAAAUCCAAUCGCUGAAAUGAAAGAAGCCGAAGAGAAUGGACAAUUUUCUUAUAUCCCAAUUCAAUCAAGCCAAAUAAUAACAGAUGAUAACGAAGACAACUUUGAUGAUGCGAAUGAAACAUCAACACAAUCUACAAUUAAGGAUCUUCGACUCGAUGAUGAUGAUGAAUUUCUCAACGAUACAUGA